GUCGCCGUGUGUUUGUGUUGUUGGAUAGAGACGAAGAUGGCGGACGAAUUAGACCUCAGUGAACUAGACAGAGUACGGAUUUCUGCUGCGGAGCUACGAGUUGAACCGUCGAGUUUCGUCAACCACGGCGAUGUCCACAGAGAGGAGCAAGGAGAGGAGGGGCGUGGCGAAUGCCAGCAGCAGAGUAACCACGGCAACGACGCAUCAAAAAAAUCAGAUCUGCAAUACUACAUGUCCGAGGCCAUCCAUGGCAACCGUCACCAUGACAGCAAGGAAGGCGAAGAGUUGACCUCCCCUCGUCACCCUGUAACCAUGACCUCCGACCCUGAGGAGGAGCUGGUGAUGUCACCACCGCCACAGGAGGAGGAAGAAGGACACAAGAUGAUGGUUUCAACGGAACCUGGAUGUACAGAUGGAGAGAUGGGGACAGAAGGAGAAGAUAAAUAUGGAGGAGGGGGUAGUCAUGGUAGGGGAGGUUUUACUUUUAACCGCGAAGGCUCUCGAGCAUCUGCACAACAGAGGACUCAAAGAGGUGACCACCACACCAAUAGAGUCGACAACAACAACAGUAGCAGUGCAGGGGGGCCAUCGUGCUCAGGCAACGGACCACAGAGCUCCAUACAGAGCGAUGGAGGGAGAGAGAAGGACCAGAGAGAUGGAGGGAGAGAGAAGGACCAGAGAGAUGGAGGGAGAGAGAAGGACCAGAGAGAUGGAGGGAGAGAGAAGGACCAGAGAGAUGGAGGGAGAGAGAAGGACCAGAGAGAUGGAGGGAGAGAGAAGGACCAGAGAGAUGGAGGGAGAGAGAAGGACCAGAGAGAUGGAGGGAGAGAGAAGGACCAGAGAGAUGGAGGGAGAGAGAAGGACCAGAGAGAUGGAGGGAGAGAGAAGGACCAGAGAGAUGGAGGGAGAGAGAAGGACCAGAGAGAUGGAGGGAGAGAGAAGGACCAGAGAGAUGGAGGGAGAGAGAAGGACCAGAGAGAUGGAGGGAGAGAGAAGGACCAGAGAGAUGGAGGGAGAGAGAACGACCAGAGAGAUGGAGGGAGAGAGAACGACCAGAGAGAUGGAGGGAGAGAGAACGACCAGAGAGAUGGAGGGAGAGAGACGGACCACAGUGGGAGAGACCCAGACCUCCCGGAGCCAGCAGGGGGUUCCCCUGGCUCUGCCAAGCCCACCAGGAAGACUCGUAAACCGGACCGGGAGAUCUAUCAGCCGGGGGGCCGAAGGAGCACCACCAGCACCCAGGGGAAGGAAGUGGGAAGAGAGACGAAGAAACCGAAUACUCCUGGGUCUGGUUCUGUUAGAGAGGAGGCUGUAGUCAGGAGAGAGCCAGCCCCACAAAAAGAGACUGGAGGAGAGAGAGGGGGAGGGGAGGAGAAGGGGAGAGGUGGCAGGUGUGAGGAGAAGGAGAGAAGGCAGGGGAGGAGAGAGACAGGCAAAGCGGCAGCAGCAGUCUCAGACCCUGUAUCAGAGAACCUGACUGGGAAGAUUGAGAAACUCAGUGUGACUGUCCCAGCCGGGAGAGAGGAGGAGGAUGAGAGAGGAGGAGGAGAGAAAGGAGAGGGUCAGGAAGUAGACAGGAGGAAGAAGGCUAGCGUUGAGGGCAGGAGGAGCAGAGGAGUUGAGGGAGGAGGUGAGAAGACAGAGGAGAAGAAGAGAGAGAGGGGAAACCGCAGGAACAGAGGAGGAGGAGGAGGGGAGAAGGGGGGCAAUCAGGACUCCAAGAGAAGAGGAAGAGGGGAAGGAGGAGGGGGGAAGGGUGAGCGAGUGAUUAAAGAGAGAAAUAAGAGAGAGUCAGAGGGGGACAAAGAGGGGGAAGCAAACCGUCCUGCAGAUACACAGCCAACAAAAGGAAGAGAAAAACAGAGGGAUAAAGAGACAGAAAGAGAGGAACCGAGGGACAGGGAGAUGGAGAGAGGGAACAACAGACCCCAAGACAUAGACAGAGAAAGAGAGGAACCGAGGGACAGGGACAAGCAGAGAGGGAACAACAGACCCCGAGACAUAGACAGAGAAAGAGAGGAACCGAGGGACAGGGAGAUGGAGAGGGACAAGCAGAGAGGGAACAACAGACCCCGAGACAUAGACAGAGAAAGAGAGGAACCGAGGGACAGGGAGAUGGAGAGGGACAAGCAGAGAGGGAACAACAGACCCCGAGACAUAGACAGAGAAAGGGAUGGAGAGAUGGAGAGAAACAGAGAGAGGCCAGCGGAGGGGAACGAGAGGAGCAGAGCCAACACUAGUCCUAACAACAACCACCACCACCCAUCAUCAUCCUCUAAGCGUUACUCCAAGUCAGACAUCAGAAGACCCAGGAACCGCACCUACAGCACCAGCUCUGCCAGCAGUGGCACCAGUCUGGACGGACCUGGACUGGGAAAGGGAGGGGGUUUGGGGGAGGACAGGGCCCGACGAGACCGGUUGGGCCGCAGGGAGCGAGAGAGAGGGGAGGGAGGAGGAGGUCAGCUCCAGAACAGGAGGAGAAGCACUAGAGACUCCUCUACUGACUCACUGGAAGAUAGCAAGGUGGGAGAAUGGAUGGAUGAGAGGAGGAGAGAUGGAGGAGAGGAGGACUGGAGCCCGGAGAGGAGGAAGAGGGUGGAGGAGAGCAGAGGGACAGGAGGGAGGCACAGAGGAGGAGGGAGAGGAGGUCUCCUGAGAAUAUCUCACAGUGACAGACAGUCAGGCUCCUCCCAGGCUACCUCAGGCCCUGGCGAGGACCCCCAGGGGCGACGCAGACAGGGCACUGGGCCUCGCAGCAGGGGGAGGGGCAUCCUCAUCCUCCCCGCCCACACCAACCUCUCCAAUUUGCCGGCGGAGCCCGGGCCGAGGCUUCUGUUUGGUGGGAUCCGUGGAGGAAGAGAUGCGGGGCUAGGGAGAGGAGGAGGAAGGGGCGGAGGAACUAGGCGUCUCUGGGACCCAAACAACCCCGACCAGAAACCCGCCCUCGGGCUCUCCCAGCAUGCAUCGCUCCAGCAGCAGCCCAUGUACCUGCAGACAGGCGUUGGUUACGGAGCGCUGCACUUCCUGGAUACAGAUGACGAGGCUGCAGGGAGUCCCCCGGUCCGCCAGGGGGAGCACCUCCACCUCCAGCAGCAGGCUGCAGCCAGGGCCCAGGCCUUCUACAAGUACCAGAACUCUGACAACCCUUACCCUUACAACGCCAACCCUAACCCCAACACACGCUACCCCUACCCUUACCACACUAUGCCCGCCGGCCCUUACCAGAUCCCCCCCUCUAACGACAUGUACCACCCGGGUCAGUUCUACGGGGGGUACAGGGGCCAGGGGUACCCGGAUGGACCCGAGGCUCUAGCAGGGGGUGGAUCCGGAGCAGGUGUAACCCCUGAGGAGGCUGGGCAACAUGCCAGAGGAGAGCUGGGGAGACUGCUGAGAGCUGCAGACAGUCAGGAGUUACAGCUCACUAACCUGUUGUCUCGAGACAGACUCAGUGCUGAUGGACUGGACCGCAUGGCUCAGCUCAGAGCUGACCUGUUGACCCUGUACGAGCGGGUGAUCCUAACAGACAUAGAGUUCAGUGACAGCCAGAACCUGGACCAGGCUCUAUGGAAGAACGUGUUCUACCAGGUUAUAGAGCGCUUCAGACAGCUCCUCAAAGACCCCAGUGGAGACUCAGCUCCGCGCAUCACCACCAUGCUACUGACACUGCUGGACGAGGGGGCAGUAUUUUUUGAUGCGCUGCUGCAGAAGCUUCAGAUGGUGUUUCAGUUUAAACUGGAGGAUUACAUGGACGGCAUGGCCAUCAGACCACGACCACUACGCAAAACGGUGAGGUAUGCUCUGAUCAGUGCCCAGCGGUGUUUGAUCUGUCAGGGGGACAUCGCCCGUUACCGGGAGCAGGCCAGCGACUCGGCUAACUACGGCAAGGCCCGCAGUUGGUACUUGAAGGCCCAGCAGAUUGCUCCUAAGAACGGACGACCCUACAACCAGCUGGCCCUGCUGGCUGUCUACACGAAGAGGAAGUUGGAUGCAGUGUAUUAUUACAUGCGUAGCCUGGCGGCCUCCAAUCCCAUCCUCACUGCCAAGGAGAGCCUCAUGAGUCUGUUUGAAGAGGCCAAACGCAAGGCAGACCAGAUGGGGCGGAGGCAGGAGUCGGAAGGGGGUUCCAGGGGCCCGGGGGUCCAGGGUGCAGGAAGAGGACGGGGGGAGCCGGGGGCCAGAGUAGAGAUCUGGCUUCGCCCUGUCGUCCAGGCAGGGGCUCUCUCAUCGCACCGCGGGGGCAGCGAGUCCAGCAGAGACUCUGAACAGGACGGAGAGCUCGGCAACCUCAGCGCUAGUGAUCUCAAUAAGAGGUUCAUACUCAGCUUCCUCCACGCUCAUGGAAAACUCUUCACUAAAGUGGGCAUGGAGUCGUUCCCAGAGGUGGUCAGUCGUGUUCUCCAGGAGUUCAGAGUGCUGAUCCAACACAGCCCCUCCCCCCUGGGCAGCACACGCAUGUUACAGAUCAUCACCAUCAACAUGUUCACUAUUCACAACGCUCAGAGCAGAGGAGGAGAUGGUGAGGUGAGGUCUGUUUUACAGGAGCAGACUACAGCUCUGGGUCUGGCCAUGUUCUCUCUGCUGGUCCAGCGCUGCACAGAACUACUGAGAGACACGCCUGCAGAGUCCAUCCCCGAGGAGGAGAGAGAAGAUGGGGAUGAGUGGGAGGAGGGGAUGGUGAGAGUUUCUGCCUUCCCAUUGGACCUGAGGGAGUUGCUGCCCAGCGUUAAAGUCUGGUCUGAUUGGAUGCUUGGACACCCCGACCAAUGGAAUCCUCCGCCUUGUAGUAUAGAUGGUUGUAGCUCUGGUGUGUGGCGUAGCUUGGCCGACCUGUGUAAUGCGUUGGCUCGUGUCGACCACGGCGAGGCGCCGCUGUACAAGGCAGACGGGGACGGAGGCGAGGGGGAUGAGGAGCUCCGCCUGUUGCUAUUGGAGGAAGACAGGCUACUGGCCGGCUUCGUCCCACUGCUCGCCGCCCCACAGGAACCCUGCUACAUAGAACUCACCAGGGAUACCGCAAUAGCAGCAGACUGUAAAAGGGUAACAGUGUUGAAGUAUUUCCUGGAGGCUCUGUGUGGACAGGAACAACCUCUUCUGGCCUUCAAGGGAGGGAAGUAUGUCUCCAUGGCAACCUCUCCCCAACCCAGCAGCCCUGGCGACGCCCACAGUCGACACGACUCACUGACCGAGAGAGAGAGCGAUGACGUCAUCGUGGAGGCGGAGUCGUCUGUUUCCGAGGGGGAUGAGGGCGGGGGCAGCGAAGAUGACAUCAGAGAGCUCCGGGCCAGACGCAGCGCCCUCACUAACAGACUGGCUCAGCAGCAACGACGCAGGGACAAGAUACAGGCGGUGUUACAGACGUGUGGUCAGUUGGAGUUAGAGGUACGUCCUCUUUUCCUGGUUCCAGACACCAAUGGCUUCAUCGACCACCUGACCGGCCUCAAGACGCUGCUGCAGUCUGGGACUUACAUACUGGUGGUGCCCCUCAUAGUGAUAACAGAGUUGGAUGGUCUGGCGAAGGGUCAGGAGAGCUGCGGAGGCUCUGGCGGUGGUCAUGGCGGCGGUGGUUCCCGUGGUAACCCUGGCGCAACUCAUGCGCGGGCGGUCCAGGAGAAGGCCAAGGUUGCCGUGGCGUUUCUGGAGCGAGGGUUCGAGGCCAGAGAUCCCUGUCUCAGAGCGCUGACCAGCAGAGGAAGUCAACUGGAGUCUAUCGCCUUCCGCAGUGAAGACACAUCCGGACAACAGGGGAACAAUGAUGAUGUCAUCUUGUCCUGCUGUCUCCACUACUGCAAAGACAAGGCUAAGGACUUCAUGCCUGCAAAGAGAGACGGUCCGGUGCGGUUGCGUCGGGAGGUGGUUCUUCUGACAGAUGACCGUAACCUGCGGGUCAAAGCCCUGACCAGGAAUGUGCCGGUCAGAGACAUCCCCGCAUUCCUCACCUGGGCCAAAGUGGGCUGAACUGGGUCACACCUUAGACCACGCCCAGAGCACCCAAACAACCAAUCAACUGCUGAGAACCGCUGGCCACCUCCCAUACCAUUGGAGUGGAGGAGGAGCCUGUAAGCUAAUGCAGAAGUGAAGACUGAUGGAGAGAAGGAGAAGAAAGCUUUUUUUGUGGAAAAAUGAAAUAUGGAAACUAAAAAGCAUUUUUUUGUUGUUGUGUGGAAUGAGUUGAAAUAGGCUGAGAUCUUUUUACCCUCUCAUUGUGAUGAGGUGUGUGUGUUUGCCGCUGAGCUCAGGGAGCGGGAGGGAGGAGAGGAGCAGGGAGAGUUUUAAGAGAUGCAGGAAGGCUGGCCCAUGAAGAGAUGUAGAAGACAGAAGGAGGAGAGGUAUUUGUGUUCAUUUCUGGUUUCUUCGGUCCAGCCAUGCGUCGUGCGUAACUUCUGCAGUGCGUUCACAAGGCCAGGUACUUACCUCAGUGGAAACGACAGAGAGGAAGAGAGACAUGGAAUGGAGAGGGACAGGGAGGUUAGGGCUGGAGGACGAAGGCCCAAACCUGACUGAGAAGUGUUAUAGUAUGUGUUUGUGUGAGGGUCUGUUUGACUGACAGCUGUCUGGAACCCCAGAGCAGCACAGAGAGAGAGGCUUUGUAUUUUUUUAAUUGAACCUUUAUUUAACUCGGCAAGUCAGUUAAGAACAAAUUCUUAUUUACAAUGAGGGCCAAACCCUAACCCAGAUGACACUGGGCCGGUUGUGAUACAGCCUGGAAUCAAACCAGGGUCUGUAGUGUAGCCUCUAGCACUGAGAUGCAGUGCUAUAGACCGCUGCGCCACUCGGGGGAGUGGCAGGGGAGCCAGGUUGUAGUAUCAGGGUACCAGCCAGGUUGUAGUAUCGGGGUACCUGCCAGGUUGUAGUAUCAGGGUACCUGCCAGGUUGUAGUAUCAGGGUACCAGCCAGGUUGUAGUAUCAGGGUACCUGCCAGGUUAUAGUAUCGGGGUACCAGCCAGGUUGUAGUAUCAGGGUACUAGCCAGGUACCUUCAUCUACCCACCCUCCUCCAGGUCCCCGUGACCCAGAGCCACAUUCUCAGCCUCUGAUGACCCGGAAGUGGUCCGUUUCAGUUCCUGUAAAACCAUGAAGUGAUUUUCAUCCCAGUUGCCCAGCAGCUUGUGUGAGUCUUUCCCAAGGCUGAGAGUCUUUCCCAAGGCUGAGAGUCUUUCCCAAGGCUGAGAGUCUUUCCCAAGGCUGAGAGUCUUUCCCAAGGCUUCUGUAAAGGAACAGCUUUAAAGACAAAAAGACAAAGAAAAAAUACUUUUUUAGCAUUGUGUGGGAGUGUGUUGUUUCUGAGUUGGUUGGUGUAUCCAUUGGGAGUGUGUGAUGUUUAUGCUCUACAGAAGAGCUUUUCUGUCAGCAGACGUUCUCACUCACCUACCCUUUUAGUUUGUUGUUUUUAAUCCUUUAAAUAUUAUAAUAAGAUUCAACGUUAGUUUUAGGUCAUUGUAUAUUUUGUGUUUUGUUUUCCUUUGUUUUUAUCACCACCUCUGGGUAACUCGUUCAGCUUCUAUUAAUUAUAUAUCUAUGUUCAUUCUAAGUGCAGAACUUUGUGCUGAUCUGUUUCUUUAUGAGUGGCUAAGACCCGGGCUGCGUCCCAAAAUGGUACCCUGUGGGCCCUGGUCAAAAGUUGUGUACUAAGCCUAUAAGGAACAGGGUGCCAACAGGGUGCCCUACACUGAUCAGACAAUUAACAAUGGAAUUAGCUUUUGUAGCACCACAGUGUGCACACGUUAACAAGCGGGUAUGAUACGUGUGUGUUUACCACAAACGUGCGUGUCAGAGUACACACUAUUCUGCACUGCGUCAGACAGACGGGGGAGUCUUUUCAUAACCAUAAAAUGUCCCACACAAUAUAAACAAAGAUGACAUCAGUGAACGACGUACCAGACGUAAUAUGUUUGAUCAGCAUGCUAUAAUGGUUUACUAUGCAUGCUGACGUUAAACGUGUUACCAGUUCUAAUCUGUCCUCCAGACGGCACGAGGUAGUUGGUUUAUUAUCACAAAGCAUUAAACAUCAGUCUUGUAAGCUCAGGUCUAUGAACAACUAUAGAUAGAUUUGGUAUAAAUGAGUUGAUACUCUCAAUCAUUUGAUCUUUACCUUUGUGUAUUUGCCAAAACCAUAGCUAGUUAACUUGUUGAUCCCACUUGUUUAGGAAUCUUUGAGUGGGUCCCAAUGAUCUCUCCUUUCUCCCAAAGUGUGCACUUGUUCCCUUUUUGUGGGAGGGAUUGGUGAUCGAGUGCGCACUUCAGGAGGAAGGAGAGAUUCCCGGGACGCUCCCUCCGCCUACUCUCACUGUUCUGUCUAUAUGCUGGAGCCGACCCCAGGCCUGCAUGUACUGUCCCAUCACAAGGCUUUUUCAUUCUUUUCCAUGAGUUGUUUGAUUAAAUGAUUUGUUUUGAUUCAAA